GUGUGGUUUCGGGGCGAAUCUAUGAAUUCGCCUCUAGUGUAUGUUUUCGAUUCAUAAAAUAUUUUUCAUAGGACUUUGUAGAUUUUGUAGAUGAAAUGGUCACGAAAAAAGUAAAAAUUAGUGCUGUGAAGCGGAGCGCGCAUCUCAAGGCGAAGAAGACUCCUCUCUCCAAUCAACAACAACACAAGUUAGCCCAACAGAAAGCAGCCAAGGAUAGAAAACAAAAUAUAUUCCGACAACGGGCGAAAAAACGUGAACAAUUGCCCCAGAAACGCAAACAAAGAAUUGAUUAUAGCAAUGAUCCCCUUGGCAAUGAUGAAGACGAUUUGGAUCCUUCCGAAGUGGUGGAAAACAUCGGCGAUAUGCUGGACGGCGAUGAUUUGGAAUAUUUGCAUGAAAAGGGCAUAAAUAAACAACGUAAACGAAAAAAUGCUGGCGAUUUUAGUGAGGAGAAAGAUUCUGUUGGCUUAGAAAAAGCAUACACGACCAAGGCAGUUGAAGAGAAUGAUAAGAAAAAAGUUAAAAUCAAUCUGCUGCCAAUAAAAAGUCGGGAUGGCCAAAUUAUAACGCGAAGUACUGAAGUAGACUACAUACCAAAGCCAAAAAUAAAGCGUAACUCAGAUGAAGAAGAGGAGGAGGUGGACGAGGAUAAUAAUGAAAAUGUUAUCUACGAAGACAGCGACGAUGACGUGAUUAAUGAAAUUGGUGAUAGUAGCGCCUUGCCCGAGCCGGAGAAAAAACUAAUUUCCACUACUGAUCUGCUCAUCGCACGACAACAAGAACUUGAGCGGCAGAAAUAUCGCAUUGGAAUUAUUUGUUCAGGUCUAUUAGAAAAGCCAGAGGACAAGAUGCGAAACUUCAACGCUCUAUAUGAGCUAAUGGAAGAGACAAAUGCGGCUGAUGUGCCAAAUCUUCUAACAGUACGCAAGCUGGCGAUAUUGUCGGCGACCGAAAUAUUUAAGGAUAUUUUGCCAGAAUAUCGAGUUGGGCAAGUCGACACAAAGAUGCAAACCUUGCGCAAAGCCACCUUGGAACGAGUGACGUAUGAAAACGCGCUGUUGCAGCAAUUCAAGAAAUUCCUAACAAAGCUUGAAAAACUCACAGCUGCGGUGAAUAAACGUGGCCAAGGGCGAGUUACUCCACAGGCUAUAAAAAUGGCAGAAGUAGCAGUGCAAAGUAUGUGUGAUUUACUUGUUGCGCAUCCAUAUUUCAAUUAUGUACAGAAUGUCGCACAACUGCUGGUCUACAUGUCAAACUGCCGUUAUCAGAAUAUGCGUGAAGCAAUCAAUAAAUGUUUCCGUACGGUUUUCGCCAUUGAUAAGAAAUUGGAUAUGACAUUGUUCAUUGUGAGGCGCUUAAACCAUCUCAUAAAGACAAAACUGCCAAAUGUGCAUGUGGAAUGUCUGACUUGUUUGCUUUCACUUAAAAUAAAAAAUGUAAAUUUAGAUGCAGAGAAGGAGAACGAGUUAAAACAAAAGAAGUUAGAGGCGCAUCGGCAGCGAUUAAUGAGCUUGUCAAAGAAAGAGCGUAAAAGGCGAAAAAAAAUGGCCGAAGUGAAUAGAGAGCUGGACGAAACACGUGCGGAAGAAAAUAAACAAACGAAAUUUUACAAACUCACGGAAAUAACCAAAAUGGUGUUUACAAUUUAUUUCCGUGUCCUGAAAAACGACCCAACAUCUAAAGUGUUGAGCGCUAUUUUGGAGGGUUUAGCAGAAUUUGCACAUGUGAUCAACAUGGAUUUCUUCUCUGACCUCAUAGAGGUCUUGAAUCGCAUCCUAGAAGGAAUGGAUCUCGGUUAUCGCGAACAACUACAUUGCAUAAAAACAAUUUUCGUCAUACUCUCCGGCCAGGGCGAAGUACUGAAUAUUGAUCCAAUACGUUUUUAUCAGCACUUCUACAAGAAUAUGCUUACAGUGGAUGCGGGAAAGAAUCAUGAUGAUUUUCGUAUUAUACUUAACACAUUGGAAGAAGUUUUAGUAAAAAGGCGACGCAAUAUGAGCCAGCAACGUUUAAUGGCAUUUAUAAAACGUUUACUAAUGCUCAGCAUGCAUCUAUUACAUCAUGGCACUUUGGCAACACUAGGCACUAUAAAGACGACUUUCCAAUUGACAUCUGUCUUGGAUAUUUUACUUGACACGGAUACUAGUGUAGGGUCAGGUAAUUAUAAUCCUGAGUUGGAGGAUCCCGAGUAUUGCAAUGCCUCAAGCACAGCGCUGUAUGAGCUGACCAUGCUUUCACGUCACUACCACCCAACGGUGCGUAAAAUGGCCAUGCACAUAGCAAGUGGUGUGCCUGCAUCAGGAGAGGGAGCAUUGCCACCCGAAAUUGGCAAACUAUCGUCCCAUGAACUCUACGAUCAGUUCGAUAGCACGCAGAUGGCGUUUAACCCAGUUAUACCGGUGCCGAAGCAGGCUGAGCCAAAAAUCAAAAAGGGCAAACACCAGUUUAUAAAUUCUGAUUUCAAACCACUUUGCAAGAGCCUUUUGCAAGCUGGAGAGUGCACAGCAAAAACCACGUCGAAGCAUAGAAAUAGCACCGAAUUAAAUUUUUACGAUGCCUUGGUUAAUAGUUGUUAGUUUUUUCCUUAAAUUCUGCAAGCAAUGAAUAUUAAUAAAGAUUUGUUAAAAAUGAUAAUAGGAAAAAGAAAA